AAAGAAUCGCGACUCUAGCAUCAUAGACCAAUAACCUUCAAGAGCCUUUUCUUAUAAAAGCUUUCCCUGGUCACUCCCCUAAAUCGUCCUAGCGUCACCUUACAGGGGUCUCGACCCGAUUGGAACCCCCCACCCGACCCGACCCUCUUUGGAUCCACGCCGGCGCCGAAAUCGCAGCAAGCUUGGGAGAAAUAUCGUAUCCCGAGAAUUUGCGAACACCAUCCAUCUCGGGCUCUGACUCCGUUCUUGCAUCUUGGCCAACCUAGGGAAUCCUCGAUAAGACGACUCCCGAGUCUUUAAUUUGUUUGCCUCGGCACAGCUCGUUCGUUGUUUCCCCCCUUCUGACGUCUGCUGUAGCGCGGGUGUAUUACUUUUUUAUUUUUAUUCUUUACUCCCUUGUUCCCCGUCUUCCCUCCCCUCCAGUCCCGGCCCAACAUGCGUCCGGCUGCCUCCCGCGUUUUUGGUCAAUCGGCCCUCCUCGCUCGUCAAUCGCUACUCCGUCCGCAGCAGCAGCAGUCUUACGCUGCCCAAUUCAUGCGCACAAUGGCUUCCCAGGCCAAGAUCAAGGUCAAGAACCCAGUCGUCGAGCUGGACGGCGAUGAGAUGACUCGCAUCAUCUGGCAGAACAUCAAGGACAAGUUCAUCCACCCUUACCUCGACAUCGAUCUCAAAUACUACGACCUCGGGCUCGAGUACCGCGACAAGACCGAUGACAAGGUCACCCUGGACGCCGCCGAGGCUAUCAAGAAGUACUCGGUUGGUGUCAAGUGCGCUACCAUUACGCCCGAUGAGGCCCGUGUCAAGGAGUUCAACCUUAAGCAGAUGUGGCUCUCCCCCAAUGGCACCAUCCGCAAUGCUCUGGGUGGCACCGUGUUCCGGGAGCCGAUCGUGAUCCCGCGCAUCCCGCGUCUGGUGCCGAGCUGGCAGAAGCCCAUCAUCAUCGGCCGCCAUGCCUUUGGCGACCAGUACCGCGCCAAGGACUUGGUCGUGCCCGGGGAGGGCAAGCUCACCAUGACCUUCACCCCCAAGGGCGGCGAGCCGCAGGAGAUCCAGGUCUAUGAGUUCAAGAACGGUGGUGGCGUCGCUCAGACACAAUACAACACCGACGAGAGCAUUACGGGCUUUGCCCACUCGAGCUUUAAGCUCGCCCUCGCCAAGGGAUUGCCCCUGUACAUGAGCACCAAGAACACCAUCCUCAAGAAGUACGACGGCCGCUUCAAGGACAUCUUUGAGCAGCUGUACCAGUCCACCUACAAGGCCGAGUUUGAGGCCAAGGGCAUCUGGUACGAGCACCGCCUGAUCGAUGACAUGGUGGCUCAGAUGAUCAAGAGCACUGGUGGCUACAUCAUGGCCCUGAAGAACUACGACGGUGACGUCCAGUCCGACAUUGUCGCCCAGGGCUUCGGCUCCCUCGGCCUGAUGACCUCUGUCCUCAUCACUCCCGACGGCAAGACGUUCGAGUCCGAGGCCGCGCACGGCACUGUGACGCGCCACUACCGCGAGCACCAAAAGGGGCGCGAGACCUCGACCAACCCCAUCGCCUCCAUCUUUGCCUGGACCCGCGGCCUGAUCCAGAGGGGCAAGCUGGACGAGACCCCCGACGUCGUCGCCUUUGCCGAGACCCUCGAGCGCGCCUGCAUCGAGACGGUCGACAUUGACGGCAUCAUGACCAAGGACCUCGCCCUCGCUUGUGGCAAGACCGCCCGCAGCGACUACGUCACCACCAACGAGUACCUCGAUGCCGUCGAGAGGAGGAUGAAGUCUACCCUCAAGGAGAAGCUGUGAAUUUAGAGUUUUCUUCUUUUGUUGGGCCCUAAUCUUAGCUGCAUUUUUAAAAGAAAGAUCUGCCAAGCAAUCUAUCUGAUCUUUUGGCAGGGGAGGAAUUUCACAAAAGCAAAAGUCCGAACAUCACCAAAGGUCGACAUCCCGAUCCAACUAUACCCCAUAUGGCAAAGUUCAUUCUCGUGUUAAUGCUUUCUGUUUCUUUUUUUUUUCUUGGAUCAUUUUAUCGUAUAUACGCGUACAAGCUACAGGGUGAAGUCUUGGGUUUUCAGCAUCUUUACGAUAUGCCCGCGGUGGGAAACACAACAAUGCGUCAUUUGUUUUUGUUGGGAUUCCAUGGAUAGCCGAACAUAGCGUGUUCUUUGAAAACAACAGCGCGGAUGUAUAUAGUUGCAUCUUGGAUUUGAAUACACCUCGCAUCUGA